UUCUCUCUCCCUCGGCUCUCUCUCCCCAAAUUUCUCAAUGACCACCACAGAGUCGCCGCCGCCGCCGCAACAGACGGAGCUGCAACUUGUUCCCGCUUCACAGACUUCAAGAGUGAGUCCCAAGACUGUUGGUAGCGCCGUAGAGGGUCUCGUCAAAUGGAGAGCCGAAAAAUCAAAGACAGAGAAGGCUCAACUUCUCGAGCAAGAGGAGUUCGUCUACCUCGUUGUUACGUUGAAGAAGAUUCCACAGACGAGCCGUACGAACGCUCAUCGCAUCCCUUUACCUCAUCCUCUUAUCAACCCGUCGGAGGAUUCGCCGGAGCUUUGUCUCAUUAUCGACGAUAGACUUAAAAGUGGUCUCACCAAGGCUGAUGCGAUGAAGAAGAUCAAAUCGGAGGAUAUUCCGAUCACUAAGCUUCUUAAGCUGUCGAAGCUAAAGUCUGAUUACAAGGCGUUCGAAGCUAAGAGGAAGCUCUGCGAUUCGUACGACAUGUUUUUCGCUGACCGGAGGAUUCUUCAUCUGCUCCCGAGAUUGAUUGGGAAGAAGUUCUUCGCCAGGAAGAAGAUUCCGGUGGCGAUUGAUUUGAAGCACAAGAACUGGAAAGAGCAGAUUGAGAAAGCUUGUGGAUCUGCUAUGUUCUUCAUGAGAACUGGGACGUGCAGCGUUAUUAAGGUUGGAAAAUUGUCUAUGAAGAGUAGUGAAAUUGCUGAGAAUGUGAUGCAGACAUUGAAUGGAGUAGUUGAGUUGUUGCCUAAUAAGUGGAAAUACAUUAGGUCUUUGCAUUUGAAGUUGUCUGAGAGUUUGCCAUUGCCUAUCUAUCAGUCUGUGCCUGAUUUGAAGCUCAAAAUCGAUGCUUUUGGAACUGGAAAGAGUGUUAUUACGGAGGAGAUGAAUGGUGAAGUUGAAGAAGUUGCUGAUGAUGCUAGCGAGAAGAGUGUUACAGAGAAAGGAAAGAAGAAGAAGGGUAGGAUUCAUGAGGUUAGGUAUAUGGAUAGUAAUGUAUCUGAGGUGCUUGAUGAGGCUGAGAUUGGUGGUGUUGAGGAUAAGAAUGAGAUUGUUGUGUCUGGGGCUAAGGAGGAGGAGAAGAAGAUGAAGAAGAGGAAGAAGGAGGUCAGUGAGGUUGCAGAGAGUGAGAAGCCGAUGAAGAAAGCUGCGAAAGGGAAUUUGAAACCAGCAGUUGAGAAACCGGUGAAGAAAGCUGUCAAGGGGAAGAUGAAACCAGAUGUUGUGAAGCUGGAGAAGAGUAAGGAUGUGUUAAAGGCGAAAAAGACAACAAAGAUUGCCAAAGACGAGUCUGGUGGUGGAUUGAAACCGAAGAGGAAGAAGAGUGUGCUUAGAAAAUGAGGCAAGGAAAGAUCUCGACUGUUUCCUUCUUUUGCCAUCGAGUAAUUUUGAGUAUGAUUUAUGUUUUGUUUUCUUAUCCUAGUUCUUAUUACAUUUUGAGCCCUUUCAUAUCUUGUACCACUUCUAUGAAACAUCGAACUGGUGAAUGUGGUUUGGUGGUUUUGUGGAGGAAACAUACUGUUAGGCUUUUUAAGUACUUAUUUUACGUUUUUCAUUCUAAACUAAGCCUAAUUAUCUGAA